AUGAAUCGGCUUGUUCAAAAAGCGAUGCCUUUUCUCGGGACGGACAUGACGGAGGAUCUGUGGGCGAACGGCAGCUGGGCCAGUCCAACUCCGGCCGGGCUGUUUCUUCUCAUGUUCAACGAGAGCGCUUUCAACGAUUCAAUGCUAAACUCAACCAACUCCCCAGACCCAAUGGGACCAAGCAUAACCGGAGUGCUUAUUCCGUUGAUUUACAUUGUUGUUUGCAUCAUAGGACUGGGAGGGAAUACUCUAGUCAUUCACAUAAUCCUCCAUUACUCCAAAAUCGAGUCCGUCACCAAUAUUUAUAUUUUGAACUUGGCGAUCGCUGACGAACUUUUCAUGAUCGGACUGCCGUUCUUAGCGAUCCAAAAUACGCUCCAGUCGUGGCCGUUCGGACCCUUAAUGUGUCGGUUAGUUUUGACCGUGGACUCAAUCAACCAGUUCACGAGUAUUUUCUGUCUAACUGUCAUGACGAUCGACCGGUACCUCGCCGUAGUCCACCCCAUCCGGUCCUCAAAGUGGCGUCGUCCGCAAAUAGCCAAGAUUAUCAAUGGGACAAUCUGGGCGCUUUCGUUUUUAGUCGUUUUGCCUGUUGUGAUUUUUUCGAAUACAGAGAAAAAAGGGGGGACUUGUAACAUCGCCUGGCCGGAACCGUCGAAUAUUUGGCGAGCUGCUUUCAUCAUUUACACCUCCACUGUUGGCUUUUUCGUCCCACUUCUGAUUAUCUGCUUUUGCUACUUGCUAAUUGUGUUCAAAAUCCGUAGCUCUGGUAAAAAGGUCCACGCAACGUCAACAAAACGCAGGAAAUCUGAACGAAAAGUUACGCACAUGGUUAUAAUCGUAGUCGCGUUGUUUGUGCUUUGCUGGAUGCCAUUUUAUCUCCUCAAUACCAUAAAUUUGCUAGUAGCACUACCGCCUGAAUACCAAGGACUGUACUUCUUUGUUGUUGUCCUAGGCUACGCUAACAGUUGUGCUAAUCCAAUUGUGUACGGUUUCCUGUCUGACAAUUUCAAAAGAGGUUUCCGGAAAGCGCUAUGCAGAUCCACACGAAGGGUUGAAAAUCAUGAACCGAUUGAGCGACAAGAGCAAAGAGAUGAAGGAAGGCGCGCAUUAAUGCCCCGAGAAAGUUUAAGAAGAGUUAUCCGAGAAGUCGACGAUGAUGACGAAGAUAUGUCAGAAAUGACGGAAAUCUACAGAAUCACCCAAAAUGGCAAUUGCGAUUUCCGGCAGCAAACUUCGCAAAUGCUGUUCACGGAGAAUAGACUGGUACCGGGAAUGACGGACAUGUCAUCACCAGAAAAGAGGGACAAAAUGGCCGAUCCAAAAUGUGCAAAUAACGCAAUGAACGGGUCCAGUCUGGCUGCCCCACUUGUUUUGAAUGGGACCAAAAAUGGGAGCAUUAAAACUCUACCAGAGGAGAACACAGCUGAGCAGAGCACCUCUUUAGAGAUUAGCUACUUAUAA